AUGUCUUCAUCUACUAUCCCGCUAUGGCUUGAUUGCGAUCCAGGACACGACGACGUUUUCGCAAUUCUUCUUGCAGCCCACCAUCCGUCCUUGAAUCUUCUUGGUAUUACCACAGUCCAUGGCAACUCGUCUUUGGCGAACACGACGGCAAAUGCGGGCAGUGUCCUAGAAGCAAUCGGACGACCCGAUAUCCCAGUUUUUCCCGGCUCGAAGAAGCCGUUCAGUCGAGCUGCAGUACAUGCGCCAGAUAUCCAUGGCCACUCUGGUCUCGAUGGCACAGAUCUCUUGCCCAAGGCAAGUCGGCCUCCUGUUCUGGAUGCGAACCCAAUUCUAGCGAUGCGUAAUGCCCUGUUAGCCCAACCACCUAAUACGGCAUGGCUCGUUGCUACGGGCACAUUGACAAACAUUGGCCUGCUAUUUGCAACCUUUCCCGAGGUUGCAGAACAUAUUAAGGGUCUGAGUAUCAUGGGCGGUGCCGUUGGAGAAGGAUUCACGGAUGUGCCCAUGAGUCGGCUCCCGGGAGAAGAGUCUCGAGUUGGAAACACCACGCCGUGGGCCGAGUUCAAUAUAUACUGUGACCCAGAAGCCUCCCGAUCUAUCUUGUCGAACCCGAUUCUUAGCCCAAAGACGACUUUGAUAGCCUUGGAUUUGACGCAUCAAGUACUUGCGACAGUUCCAAUCCAGGAGAGAGUUCUCAAAACUAGCACAUCACAAGCAUCAUCGGCAAGUGAAUUACGUCGAAUGCUGUACGAAUUGCUGGUGUUCUUCGCAAACACCUAUCACGUAACAUUCGGUAUGGAAGGCCCGCCACUACACGACCCAUUGGCAGUGGCUGUGAUUUUAUCGAACCUGAAUCCGGAUUAUGAGCAAGCACAUCCGAAGGAAGUGCUCAAAUUCGACGACAAAAAUGGAGAGCGAUUCGUUGUGCACGUUGUGACUGACGGGGAACACGGAAGCACUCCUGAAGUCACGGGACAGCUAGGUCGUACGAUAGCAAAGCCGACGGAAGGUCAAGGUGAAACACCUGGAGUUCCAUCUGCUGCUUUGGCGAACCGAUACUUUACAAACGAAUUACAAAUGUUAUCAGAUCCAGUCCCCAGUCUGGCUGCUACACUCACCAACCUUCCAACAGAAGCCGAAGACGCCAACCAUGAGAACGUGAAUUUUCUGCGGACGCGCCCUCACUCCCCGUCCGAUUCAUCAAGUCGCGCCAGACGUAGGCGGUUGGCGCUGUUGCCGGAGGUGGAUCUUGAGAGCAUGGACAUUGACGAACAAAGACGCUUUUUACCAUCAUCCGCCGAGGCUACUCCACGUUUACCCACCAGCCGUCGCUCGCACGAAGUAUAUAAUACAAACCUGAGUUCAGAGGGGCGAAUAUCAGGUAGAAGAUCACUUUAUGGAUGGGCUCCUGGUUCUGAAGGGGAGCCGGGAAAUGAUUAUCUGGGCUAUCAACAUACAUCCCAGAAUGAAGCUCCGGAUAGUAUAUGGACUGUGGGAAGAGGCUUGGAUCGCGAAGCCAAUCGCAAUACAUCUCUCUCUCGGAUGGCGAGACGAGAUGCCACCGGGAUAGCGUUACCAUCAUAUACUGUCGAUCCGGCAGAAGCAACAGACCCAAGCAGCCGACACUGGUCAGACCACAAUAGCGACACAUUCACCGAGGCAUUGUUGCAGUCUGUGCGACGUGGUGCAAGGUAUGCUUCUCGAGCACGCACCCUUCAAAAUUACAUUUUGGACCGAGAGCGACUCGCCCGUCAAGAAGCAAACGAGACGGAGCGAGAAGGAGACCGUGAGCGAGAGCGGGAACGGGAGCGGGAAAGGAGAAAUGCAACAUCCUCGUCCUCAUCGCGCGCCUUGAGAAUGAGCUUGAGGAACAUAUCUGGGGAUCUACGGGAUAGAUUAAACUCACAUCGACAUUUAUUAAGCGAAAACCCGCCCAGUGCCAAGCUGAGGGAAACGAUAAAGUACCUAGAGCGAGUCCGCACCUCCGGCUCGUUAUCAGAGAGCAUCGAGACUGCUCUCAAAGGCGGAGUCGUCCAAUACGACCAUCUCAAAGGACCAUACAAUGACAGCGAUUUCAUACUCGAUACUUCUUUUAUCAAACCACCGGCGUCGAGCUCGUGGCUGCGGCCGGGAACUGUCUUUUCCGGGUCUCAGAAAGCUGUCAAUAGCAUUGCAGGCCACAAUUUUGACAUGCUGUCCCAUCGCGUAUCACAGCCUACGGAACCCUCAGCGGAUGACAGUACAAAUCGCAUUAGUGUAUCGACGAGUAGCGGUCGAAGGUACUGGGCAAACUCUCUAUCCCACUUUCCUAGUGACCAUCACCAUUCUCCGAACAGCAAACACGAACUAUGGCCAGUCAAAGUCACCAUCCACAGCGUCGAUUAUGCGACAAUGACCUUGACGGGGACAAUGGAAGCCUACAAUAUACCAGACAAGACGUCUCCGACCCGGGACGCGCAUAUAGUCACAUUUUUGGAAGGCGAAAUCAUCGAUUUGAAUGCACAUAGUCUAGAGACGACAAGUUUUCAAGCUGACGCGGAUAUCGAUUGUACAUAUUGGAGAGAACUGCGGCCGUUCAGAGGACUGAACGAGGACCAAAUGACGAAGAACUUGCUGAGUAAGAAGUGGGUGAUCGAUGAAUUGAACAAAAAUUGGAUUCUGAUGCGUUGGAAGGAACGCUGCUUCAUCACACCCACCGAUGCUCGCCAGGGUCUUACGAUCUCUGGAUUCUACUACAUCUCUCUACAUCGCGCAACAGGAGAGAUAGAAGGCUUAUACUACGAUCCCGGUAGUUCACCAUACCAGCAACUGUCCCUCAAACCUGAGAGACCAACCAUGUCAUUUCCCUCAGUUGAAUUUCGAUGA